UUAAAGAAGAACAUCACGUCAUAAACGCAUGCGCUGUAAGUUUUUCCGGUUAAAAUUGGAUUAACUGAACACCCCGGAAAUUAGUAUUAUAUUUCCACCAUGCAGACAAUCAAGUGUGUGGUUGUGGGAGAUGGUGCUGUAGGAAAGACAUGUUUAUUAAUAUCAUAUACAACUAAUAAAUUUCCUUCAGAAUAUGUGCCAACAGUAUUUGAUAAUUAUGCAGUUACUGUUAUGAUAGGUGGAGAACCCUAUACCUUAGGUUUAUUUGAUACAGCGGGACAAGAAGAUUACGAUAGAUUACGUCCAUUGAGUUAUCCACAAACAGAUGUCUUCCUUGUUUGUUUUUCUGUAGUCUCACCAGCAUCAUUUGAAAAUGUUAAAGAAAAGUGGGUACCAGAAAUUACUCAUCAUUGUCAAAAGACACCAUUUUUACUAGUUGGCACACAAGUAGAUUUGAGAGAUGAUGCAACCACAAUAGAGAAAUUAGCCAAAAAUAAACAAAAACCAAUCACAAGUGAACAAGGAGAGAAACUUGCAAGAGAACUAAGGGCAGUAAAAUAUGUAGAAUGCUCAGCAUUGACACAGAAAGGAUUAAAGAAUGUAUUUGAUGAAGCAAUACUAGCUGCCUUAGAACCACCAGAACCACCGAAAAAGAAGAAAUGUGUUUUAUUGUAAAACUUUGCCAAUUCUAGAACAUUUUUGUAACAAGUUUUUACUAUACAAAACAGUGCUCUUCAAAAGCCAUCUCAUAUGGCUUUGUAACAUAAAUGUAUUGACUUAUUUAUUUGAAGUAAAAUUGUUCGAUUUUACCAUGUUUACCAUAACAGAUGAGGACUGUAGUUGUAAGAAAGCCAACACUUAGAAAGAUUUUUUUAAUGUUACUCUGCUGUUUUGAAGUCAUAAAACUUUUUGUGAAGGUUUCAUUUAUUUAGAAGGAUUGGAAUUUUAUGAAGUUACAUUUUUUAGCACUCAAAUUGAUCAUUGAUUAAAAAAAUUUGUAUUUGUUAAAAAAGUGUUGAAUUUUAAAAGUAAAAAUUAUAUAGAAUCAUAUUAUUUCUAUUUAAGUAAUUAAAAAAAAGCAUCAUAGAAUCUCUUUACGUUGAUUUCAAAUGAUAGCACAAAGUUAUGUACAUUAGGGGAAAAAACAGUGGUUUAUUAAACUGGGUGCCUUCCUUGAAGGUUCAACUGGUUCAUACCAAAAAUGUAGUACCCUUGUUCCUUUAGCUCUACAAGGACAAGGAGCCAGUUGCAAGGCAAUUUAUAUGUUAGAAACUAGAUAAUUGAAAACGUCCAUGUCCCAUGUAUUUAAUCAAGUAAUGAAGAGUAAGUAAAUGAAGUUACAUAAAUUUGAUAUUUAUUCUUUUUCUGUAAAUAAUUUUAAUAUAUGAUUCUGAAAAUUUGUUGCUCUCAGAAGUAUUUCAUAAAAUGUAUUAUAACUAUUACAAAAAUUUCAUUCUCAACUGAACAAAUAGUGUUUCCUUCUUUUUGAGUAGCUAUAAUUUAUGGAAGUCUUCUUAAUUGUAGACAAAAUUAUAAUUUUAUUUGGCUUUUCUAUUAUAAACUUAUUUAUCGUUAUAGAGAGUGCACUUUUAAAGCAGAAACCAUAAACCAUUCUUUAAAUAUUGUAUUCUGAAACAUAAUUUUUUAAUUAUUGAUUCCAACAAACAAAAAAAAACCACCCAUUUUCAACCAACUUGCCUUAUGGCAUUGAGAGCUUGAGGCUAUGUCUUAAAUUUGUUUGUUCACUUUAUGUCAUCUUUUCAUCUCUUGCAUGGGUAAUCUCAUUUAUAGUUAAUCAUAUACUUUUUAUGAGCCAAAAAAAUCUUUUUUAAAAAGGAAACAAAAACAUAGAAAUACAAAAUAAAUAUUAUGGAUUUGCAUUUCUGGAAAUUUUUCAGAUGUUAUUGAGAAAAGCAAGAAAAUAUUUUUUGACUGUCGUGUAAGAUUAUUUAAUAACUAGGUUACGCUGACUUUUAUAUGAACAUGCAUAUUCUAGACACUCAGGUCUAUGGAUAAAUGUAGCCAUUAUUUUGCGUUUGGAUGUUUUCUUUAUGUUGUGAAUGUGAUUGCUUUGUGAUGUUAAAUUGUACAUAUAUAGUCACUGUAUAUAGCUGUUUUUCUCUGGUCAUUUACUUGUUCAUAAAAUGCAUUUAUAUGAAGCUUAUAUUGUAGACUUAGAUUUGUUUUAUAAAAAAAAAGUAUAAAUAAUCUGGUAUUUAAACAUUUAAAAAAUUUUAGACUGUUUAUAAACCAUAAUAAUGGACCAUAUAAGGGAUUUUUUAUUGUAUUAAUCUUAUUAUGAGAGAGAGUUGCCUUAUAUAUUUCUUUAUAAUAGAAUUGUGUUUAAUUUCAGCCUAUUGAAUUCAAUAAGUAAAGUUCCAUGAAAGUAGCGCUAUACUUUUUUAAAUCAAUGUGCCAAGUAUUUGUUGUGUAUUUUACCAUGCAUGUUGCUAAAUCUAUAACCAAAAUAUAUAUAUCAACAUAUAAAUAAGAUACAGUCAACCCUUGUUUUCUGUUAUAAGUCACAUGAGACUUGUCACCAAAUUUAUACUUGCCCUGUUUUCUGUUAUAAGUCACAUGUGACUUGUCACUAAAUUUGUACUUGCCCUGAGGAACAUGAAAGGUGUCACAUGUAGAGCAGAAUCUGUUUACCUUUCUGAAAAACGUGAGAUUAUCCCUGGUUUAUGUGUGAUUCUUACUGCUCAGUCUUUAGCUUUCUAUGUUGUUUUGUUGACUUUUGUUCGUCUUUUCUUCUGUUUUCGUUUUUUGCCAUGGAAUUGUAAUUUUUUUUUACUUAGAGUUUUUCUUUGUCUUUUUGGUAUCGUUAGCCUCUUUUUUUCACCAAAAAUUUGGAAAUGCUUAAGAAUUUGUAUUUUCAGUGUGCAAUUUUAUUUGCACUUAACUAAAGGGAGGAAGGAUUAUACUAAAAUUUUGUGACAUUGUUAAAAAAAAUUCAAACCAUGACUGAAAGUGUGUUCAAUUUUAAAGUAAAAAGUAAAAUUUAAAUAAUUAUUUAUGUAAGACUUCAAGAGUUGAUUGUAUCUUUUAUGAUUCAUGUUUUUUUACCAAUAAAACCAAUCCUAAUAUUUAAGAAAGCACAGUAUAAAUGAUUGCAGUUAUAUUAAAGGUUAUUCAAGUAAAAAUAUAUAUGGAAUAAAGAAAUAUAAUAUGUUAAAAUUCAUCUAAAAUUUGAAAAAAGUAAUGUUUAAUUCAUUAUAUUGGCAACUAAUACUUGCAAAUUUAGUUUUUUUGUAAUCCUCAGCCUUUAAUUAUAUUCGGUCUUUUUUCUUUCUUUUUUUUACGUACCUGUGAGUUUGGUCAUUCAUAAAGUUACAAAGAUAUAUUUUGAGAGUUUUCAGUGUAUACAUCGCAUGAAUAGAAAAAUUAUAAAAGGACAUGCUUAAAAUGUCUAGAAAUGCUUUAAAAAUGAUGACUUAUAUUUAGCAGACAUAUAUUUUUAUAUUUGGUAAGAAUAUAGAAAUGUAACAUCUAGCUGUAAAUAAAAUUAUAGUCUCAAAGUUCUUUGCUGUAGGAUUUUACAUUUUUAAGGAGCUUUUUGUAAUUUGCUAAGUAUAUCAUGUAAAACAAGAUAAUUAAAACUGAAAUAGGUGAACUACUGUAUGUGAUUUAUAUUAUAAACAUUUCCUAAUUUUUUGUUCCAUUUACAUUUUAUUUAAACCAAUUUAGAGAACAGCCUUAUUUCAUAGCUAGAAACAAAAUACCUCAUAUUCAUUCAAAAAAAAAAGGAAAUUUUUUUAAUCAGUUCCAUGUUGAUAGGCAUUAAGGAUGGCAAAACCACCGUAGUUAGGGAGGGAACUUGGCUAUGGAGUCUUUGGAGUCAUGCAUGAUUUUUUCCCCCAACAAUAUCAAUAAAAUGUUUUAACUAGACUAUAGAAAUAUUGCUCACCUCUGACACCAAGUAGAAUAUCAUCAAAUAUGUAAAUCAAUUAAAGAACUCUUUUGAUUGGUGGAGAAAAUAGCCAUAUAAGCCUGAACUGUAAUCUAAUAGUAAACACUCAGUGCUAUUUUAAACAUAUUGUAUUUUUAUCAAUGUUUUAAAUGGAAAUGUCUAAUGAGUUAAAAAUAAUAUAUUUUAAAUUAUUUAAACUAAAAAUAUCACAAUACCAUCUAUGCACGGUCCAACACUAAAACAUUAUUUGGGGCCAAUUUUCAUCAUUUUCUAAUGAUAUAUACUCCAGGAAAGCUCUACUUCUGCUCAAAUAAAACACAAGAUUUGUUUGACUUUUUUGAUUCCUUGCAUUGCUUUGAUUCAGAAAUAGACAAGUGGGGGGAGUGUUAUGGUAAACACAAAAAAUUACCUAAUAGUAUUUUUUAGAUGCUUCUUAGUGUAAAAUAGUUUGCUUUUGGUCAAUUGAUAAUGCUGUAUAAAUUAUCGGAUAUUAUUUUGUAGGAAAGCUCUUGUAACAUAUUUCUCCUUUAAACUGCAAUUAUCUUCAUUUACUCUUGUAUAAUCUUCAUUCAGUUGACUUAUUUGAAAUAAAUAAUUUAUACACGAA